GUCUAGCAGCGCUCCCACCUCCCGAUCUGGGGAGGAAUUCAUGGAAAGUGGAAGCAGGACUGAACGACAACUAAUAUAAGAGAGAAAUCCAGAAACUGGGAGAUCGGGAUGUGGUGAGGGCGCCCGGAGACUCCUCUAUCGGAGCGCGGAGCCGGAGAACAUGCAUUCAAGAAGCUAUUUAUUACUGGAGAGGGAAUAUCAGGAGCUGCAGGACGCCCGGCUAUAUGGGAUUAGCGUGACGCCGAUAUCUGACAACUUGCUCAAAUGGAUAGUUCAAGUGCAGGGGCUGAAAGACUCGUUAUGGGAAGGGGCAGUUCUGCAACUCACCCUGACGUAUACUGAGCAAUAUAACCACCAUCCUCCAACUGUCAUAUUUAAUACCAUCCCAUUCCAUCCAAACGUUGAUCAAACGUCCGGGAAACCUUGCAUUGAUUUUUUGGAUAACCCAGCAGAAUGGAAUCCAGCCUACACCAUGACGUACAUCUCACUGGUGAUCCAGGCAAUGCUUUCCAAUCCAGUACUGGAAAAUGCAGUCAACCUGGAGGCAACCAACCUGGUGCUGAAUAAAGCAGAUCUGUACAGGCAGAUGGUUCUCGACUGUGUGAAGACCAGCAGAAUGAUUGAAGAUGGCUCAAUACAACGCAGCAACGUGAUAAGAAGGACCCCGCCCCCGCUCUGCACCCCCGCACCCAGGAAGAUAAAAUCUGUCUCCUUUGAGAAUUACCACAAGACGUGGAGUGAAAUUGCCACAUCAAAGACAGUCCAGAGUGUAAAGCAUAAAAGUAAGCUACAAGGAAUACUUCAGAGAAAACAUUGUCAUAAAACUACUAUAAUACUACAAUCAAGAACAUCAACUAAAGAAUUGGAAGAGAUGAGGAAUGGAAAUAAAGUAUACAGCAUCUUUAUUCAUGGACUUCUUAGUGACCGGACGAGCAGAGCGGAGCUUGCUGGGGGAUGUACGCUGUGCAGAUUGACAGAGGGUCACAUUUUGGCAUCCAUUGUAGAUAUGAAAGCUGAUGCUGAGAGUAGUUUUCAGAAGAGGCAUCACACAGACAACACGCUGGCGUCAUCAGCCCGGGAGGCAGAACCACUGGAGGACGAAGUGGACAAUUUGGUGGCCUGGACAAAUACCCUCAGCGCUGAGCUACUGGAAGACUGAUUGAUGGGCGGUUCCAUCCUUAAAAGUAUUAACCCCCAAUCCCUCAUACAUUGCCCAGUUAGGGGGAUAGAACUAAGUAGGGGAUAUAUUUAAUAACCAGUUGCUGACUGUUUUCCAUAGGAAGCAGCAGAACUGUGAGUGCAGCUCCGGAGUAUAAUAAAGAAAGUUGAGUAUCUAUGUCAUGUCCUGCUCCAUAUGAAUAGCACUGAUGCCUUGCAGACCUGAAGUUCUGGGUUCAAAUCGAACCAAGGGCAACAUCUUCAUGAAAUUUGUAUGUUCUCCCCAUGAAGUUAGAUUGCUCCAGUGGGGACAGGGACCGAUUUUAGGGACGUUAAUGUCUGUACAGCUCUGCAGAAUAUGUAAGCGCUAUAUA